AUGGCUGUGACGCCCCAAGAAACAGGGGCUCCACUCAUCACACAACCCGAGACUCCCACCCUGCAGAGGGCCACGUCGAGGGCAGACGACCCCGGGCCGCCACCAUGCCCCCGCUGCUCCCCCGCCCCGCGUCCCCAAGCCUCCCGCAGAGCCACCGAGAGGCGAGUCCUCCGGCUGCCUAGAGCGCCCCGGAAGCGGCUGGGGAAGGGGCGAGGCGCGGAGGGCGGAGCGGAGCACUUCCGGCGGCGGCGGCGGCGGCGGCGGCGGCUCGGGGCGCAGGUGAGUGGGGUCUGGGCGCUGCGCGGUACCUGCUGCCCGCGGCGGCGGUGGGCGGCUUCUCCUCGGCUCGCACCCCGCCCGGCCCGCCAGGCGCCCCCGAAGUCGCGCCUCCUCCCGCCCCCGCGCCGCGAGCCCGCCGGGACCCCGGCUCCACCGGCAGAGGGGCUCGGCGCCGCGCGGCCCCCGGGGAGCCGGCCGAGCCUCGGCCUCGUUUUCCCUCUGCAGUGGCCCCCGUGCCCCCGAGCGUCCACCCCAGGCGCGGCCCGGCGGACGCCCCUUCCGGACGGGCCUCUCCGGUGGCCCGGGAUCCCCUGGGCGCCGGGCCCCGCGGAGGACGCGUCUCUGCAGGGCCGCCGCCCACGCCCCGGGAACGCCCUCCAAGGCCCUCCCCGCAGGGACACACCCCGAGUGUCCGUCCCUGCUCAAGGACCCCCGUCCUCUUCCGUCAAGACUUGA